UUUCUAGUGUUUUACUAUAUGUUGUAUAUUUGUCCCGUAGAAAAAGGGUCCAGAUCAGUUUUCCCUGGUCUUUGCUGCACUCGGACUUAUGUAAUUGACCAGGAAAUGCCUCUGCGAGCAUGUGUUCCUCUAUGAUUAAAAUAUUGCUCCUGUGCAUUGUUGAGGUGCCUGUUUGCCAGUAGGGGUGAUCAUCAGUUUUGCGCGUAGAAACCGUGUCGUCCUUCCCCCCACCGCCUCUCUCUUUUUAACUUGCAGCAGAAGUACGGAUGUGAGUUGCAUAUUGAUACGGAACAGGCCGCCAGUUUUUUUUUCUAAACAAACGCGUGCUCGGGCAAUGAUCGUUUUGUGGAGCUAUGAAUCCAGAGGAGCAGACCGUAACGUGGUUGAUAUCACUGGGAGUGCUCAGCUCGCCUAAAAAGAACAUAGCGGACCCGGAGGACUUUUUGAAGACGUCGCUGAAGGAUGGGGUCGUCCUGUGCAAACUCACGGAGCGACUCAUACCUGGAUUCACCCCCAAGUACUGCCAGGAGCCGAGAACCGAGGCGGACUGCCUGUCCAACAUCAGGGAGUUCCUGAGAGGAUGCUCGUCCCUCAAAGUGGAGGGCUUUGAACCAGAGUGGUUAUACACUGGGGAGAAUUUUGGCAAAGUCCUCAACACUUUGCUGGGAGUCAACUUCGCCACACAGGACUGCGCUGCUGAAAGGUCAUGUUCACAAUCCGGUCCCACGUCUCCUAAUCAGUCAUCGGCGUCACACGCGCUCAAGUCCAAAAGCUCUCUGCGCAGACAGUCGAAAUCAGUGGAGAUGAGUGAGAACGGAGGAGGCGGGCAGCUGAUGGUGAAGGCCCGCUUCAACUUCAAGCAGAACAACGAGGACGAGCUGUCGUUCAGCAAAGGCGAGCUGAUCCUUGUGACGCGGCAGGAGGAGGGGGGCUGGUGGGAGGGCAACCUCAGCGGCCGGACCGGCUGGUUCCCCAGCAACUACGUCCGGGAGGUCAAGCCCUGCGAGAAACCAGUGUCUCCUAAAGGAACUCAGCUGAUCAAGAAUUACUACAGCGUGGUGGUACAGGACAUCUUGGAGCAUGAGCGGGACUUUGUCAAAGACCUACAAUCAGUGCUGAGUUGUUACCUACGACCACUGCAAGCCAGCGACAAGCUGAGCAGUGCAGACAGCGCCACCUUGUGUGGGAACCUGGAGGAGAUCCUCACCUUCCAGCAGGGCCUGUGUGUGGCGUUGGAGGACUGCAUCAAAGUUCCUGAGGGUCAGCAGCGAGUAGCGGGCUGUUACUUGAACCUGAUGAGUCAGCUCAAGACUUUGUAUCUGGCUUACUGUUCCAGCCACCCUUCAGCGGUCUGCAUCCUCACGGACCACAGCGAUGAACUAGACAAGUUCAUGGAGAGCCAGGGCGCUAGCGCUCCGGGGAUCCUGGCGCUGACCACCAGCCUCAGUAAGCCCUUCAUGCGACUCGACAAGUACCCGACCCUGUUGCAGGAGCUGGAGAGACACGUGGAGGAAGCCCACCCGGACCACACGGACAUUGUAAAAGCAACAGCAGCAUUUAAGAGCCUGGUGACGCAGUGCCAGGAGCUGCGGAAGCGCAAAAACCUGGAGAUCCAGAUCCUGUCGGAGCCCGUGCGCGGCUGGGAGGGCGACGGCAUGAAGAGCUUGGGCCACGUGGCCUACAUGUCCCAGGUCCACCUGAAAAACGGCUCCAGCGAGGACAAAGAGGAGCGUUACCUAAUGCUCUUCCCUAACGUGUUGGUGAUGCUCUCUGCCAGUCCACGCAUGAGUGGCUUCAUUUAUCAGGGAAGACUCUCGCUGACGGGCUCCACAGUAACGCGGCAUGCGGAGGACGCGGACAGUGGCCACUACGCCUUUGACAUCACAGGAAGCAUGAUCGAUCGCGUGACCGUGCUCUGCAGCAGCUCCCAGGAGCUACAGGAGUGGCUGGAGCACCUUCAGCCCUUCAGCAAAGGAGGCAGCCCUGCAGGCACCAUUUCAAAGAAUGUGGAGGGCAAACCGCUGAGCACGGUCGGCACGCCCACUCACCUGUCCCACCUGGGCAGCCUCAGCAUCAGCCGCGGCCCCCUGGAGCCCCCCAAAAUCAGCAAGCCCUGGUCCCUGAGCUGCCUGCGCCCCGCCCCCCCCCUCAAGCCCUCGGCCGCGCUGGGCUACAAGGAGAGGAUGUCUUAUAUCAUGAAGGAUUCCAGCAAGAGCCCACGCCCCAUGAAAAAGUUCCUUCCAGGCAACAGGAAGAAGGAGCGGAAGCCGUCUGAUGACGAGAUUCAAACGAGGAAAAGUACGGUGGCGCUGGAGGAGGAUGCUCAGAUACUGAGGGUGAUUGAAGCGUACUGCACGGGAGCGAGUCUGCACCAAACCACCACAGCCGUGCGGAAAGAGUGCGUUCCCCAGGUGCUUCUGCCAGAGGAAGAGAAGAUCAUUGUGGAGGAGAUGAAGAGCAACGGCCAGACAGUUAUCGAGGAGAAGAGUCUGGUUGAUGCGGUGUAUUCUUUAAAGGACGAGGUUCACGAGCUGAAAAAGGAGAACAGGUGGAUGAAGCAGUUUCUGGAGGAGGAGCAGAAAUCCCGCAAGGAGCUGGAGCGAGCGGUUCGAAAACUGUCCAAGCAGAAGAACGAUUGUACGUGGGAUGACGGCGGCCACUGAAGGCUGUGCGUGUGAGGAAGAAGCAUGCUUGCAGAGGAGUGGGGGGAGUGUGUGUGUGUGUGUGUGUGUGUGUGCGUUUGUGUGUCUAUGCUGCAUCUCCGUAUUUCAAUCCCACAAUAGAGUUGGACUCACUUCUGCUACUUGAGGGUCUCAAGCGACGACGCUUUGUUUAAUAUUAGGACGAGAUCUUAUCUGUCUUCCUGUUCCGGCCUCAUUAGACGAGGCCACUACUGCGCUUCCUCUCGAAGCGGCUCAGCUGAACCGAGACUGAAGGUCUGACGGCCACUGUGAACCCCCACCAGCAAACGGGACCGUUUUAUGACAUGGACACAAGUCAUCCGCCGCUUCCUUCGCUUCAGCUGGCAACGGGAAAAGGAAAUGAGGAGCGGUGAUCGGCGUCUGCAGCAUCACAAGGGCCGCGGCCCGUCGUCUCGUAUUAACCUGUUUCCAAACGCAGCCUUUUGGCCGCUCACUUUGCAGUCUGCAUGUGUGUACAGUGUUUCUACGGUAUGAAAUCUGCAUCAGAAAUGUGAUAAUCAAUAUAACCACACAUGUAGUCACACGCUAUCAGGGAUGCAGCUGCAUAAUGAAAUAGGAAAGAAUAUUAUUUAGCCUUUUAAUAUACAGCAGUGCACAAGAGAUAAAGGCCCUAUUCUUAUUAGAAUAUAUAUAAAUCAUUUUAUCAUGAAGCAUCCUCAUGUUCUUGCUUUAUUUGGAUUUUUAUAAACAUUUAUUUAUUGUUUACACAAGCAUUUAAUUAUUUGUCUGGCCUCAUAGAUAAACUGCAGGGUCGCUUCUUCUGUCUGACGUUUGACAGACAAAAAUAAAUAUUUAAGCCUUUUUUUUUUUUUUUUUCCAAUUCACAAAAGUGUGACCUGCAUUUUAGUUUUUACUCGGUCGCACUCUCUCUCUCUCUCUCUCUGCAAAGCUGGUUGAGAGGAAAUAGAUGGAGAGAGGUGUGUUUGUUAGUGUGGAGGCUGAAAGGCCCAAGAAAAUUUAAAACCGGCUUCAGGCUAAAAGGAUGAAUUCUAUCGAACGUGUCUUAGGUGGUUCCUUGUAAUAUUUCAGAGAGAUGAAGCGGCUGAAUGGCUUCACGGCCCGUUUGCCUGCUGUUUGAGGUGCAGUCCACAGCGGUACAUUUCCUCGUGAGCGGUACGCUUCCUUGUGAUCACACUGACGCGCACUCUUGCUGCAGAGCAGCAGCGGGAGAUGUUGUUGACACGGAAUAAGUGACUGUUCUAAUACUCGGCCAGGUCACGUGUCAGAGAAACCGCAAUAAUGAAUGAAUUAACCAUGUGACACACAACCACACAAUCAGGCCAUACAUUGACCCUCGUUUGCCUUCAUUUAAUCCAGUCCCUUGUUGUUGAUGAUGUCAUAGGAGCGACUCUGCCCCAGUCGCGUCCUAAAGGAUGCAUCAAUACUUCUAUACUGUACAAUCUCUGCUGGGAAGUGCUGUUAUUGAGAAUCCUCUCUACACAGAGGCCCAAAACUGUGUAAGGUGCAACUCAGCGCCAGUACAUCUGCACCAGAGUCACUGUGUUGCUCAAGGGCACUAGAGCAUUACAGAGACGUCCUACGUGUUCAUCGUUGAGAUUAAUACUGCUGCGGUUCGAGUCCUUUGACUCGUCUGCGCUGAGGAUGAUCUGCAGCACUUUCCACGUCCCAGUAGCCUCAGUGAGCACUUAGUGGUGGGAGGGGGUUGUAUCAUCUUCAUCUUUGUCUCACAUCACAUCUCCAGACAGUUGUGUGUAUUCUUUUUUUUUUUCCUCAAACGUACUAUGCAAUUGUUGUUGUUGUUGUUGUUGUUGUUUCGAGUAUUGUAAGGCUUUCUUUUCUAGACACUCUGUACUUUAUGUUUGGUAUUUUCGUUCUUUUAAUAAAAAUUUAAUAUAA